GUCAACUACCUGGAGUAGGUAGGUAGUAGAUCCCAGCUAAUCAAUGGCGAUGUUUCGUGUCAAUGUCACAUGCCUUGCCAGGCGAUGUAGUCCAUGCGACAACUGCUAUUCUUGAGUACUGCUGCCAUAUUUCCAGAAACUCUGCUUAAGUAAAACAUGUCUUACGCGGGGCCCUCACUCUCAGACCGCGAUGGAUUCAUACAACCUCGUCCAGUCAUGAGGAUUACGCUCCCGCUUGGCUAUUCCUGGCAAAGACAUCAAAAAUCAUGCUACGUUGCACCCCUAUCGAGUACCGCCAACAUAUGACAUGUCGGCCACACUUAGACAUUUGAUGGCAGCGCCAUGUGAGCCCUCACCUGCCCAAUAGGUGCAUACCACCUAACAACUUGCCAAUUCCAUGUGUGGCAGGAAGGUGAGACAUUGGGCAAGGUAACUUGACCUGUACAAUCUAUAAGUACGUGCUUCGCGUCCAUCUUCGGCAUGGAGUCAUCAAAGGCGCUCUACCACCUUCGUCAUUCCUUAAGUAUCAAUAGUCUAUUUGAAAAGCCUCAUUAGCCACUCCUUUAACAAUGACACGCCUACGCAACGCAGGUCUGGUCAUGCUGCCAGCCGUGGUAUCUACGCUCUUCGGCGCCGUACCGGCACUGGCCCAGGACACUUGCGAGACUAAGGGCAAGCCAGCAGGCAAGGUUCUUCAAGGAUACUGGGAGAACUGGGAUGGAGCAGCCAACGGUGUUCACCCCGGACUCGGCUGGACGCCGAUUGGAAACCCUGAUAUUGCAGAGCACGGAUACAACGUCAUACAAGCCGCCUUCCCCGUCAUCCUCCCAGACGGUACUGCACUAUGGGCAGACGGCAUAGACACUGGAGUCAAGGUUGCCAGCCCGGCCGAGAUGUGUGAAGCCAAGGCUGCCGGCGCCACUAUUCUACUGUCUAUAGGAGGUGCCACGGCCGCCAUCGACCUGUCGUCAAGCAAUGUUGCCGAUAAAUUUAUCUCGACCAUCGUCCCGAUCUUGAAGGAAUACAACUUCGACGGCAUCGACAUUGACAUCGAGUCCGGUCUGAGCGGAAGCGGCGACAUCAACUCUCUGUCGACCUCCCAGGAGAACCUCAUCCGCAUCAUCGAUGGUGUUCUUGCAGAGAUGCCAGACAACUUUGGGUUAACUAUGGCACCCGAAACUGCAUACGUUACCGGUGGCAGCGUGACAUACGGAUCUAUCUGGGGAUCCUACUUGCCUAUCAUCAAGAAGUACGUCGACAGCGGUCGCUUGUGGUGGCUGAACAUGCAAUACUACAACGGCGAGAUGUACGGCUGCUCGGGCGACUCCUACCCCGCCGGCUCCGUCGAGGGCUUCGUAGCCCAAACAGACUGCCUGAACUCGGGCUUGACCAUUCAGGGCACCACGAUCAAGAUUCCUUACGACAUGCAGGUCCCCGGUCUGCCUGCCCAACAAGGUGCGGGUGGCGGUUACAUGACCCCUGAAUUGGUCGGACAGGCCUGGGAUCACUACAACGGACAGCUCAAGGGCUUGAUGACGUGGUCUAUUAACUGGGACGGGUCAAAGGGCUGGACCUUCGGAGACAACUUGGUUGGCCGCAUCCCUUAGGUUAUGAAGCUCACGAAACUCUUCAACUUUCUAUGUAUAUAGUUAUGUGAUAUCCACUUCUGAAUACUAGACAUUCAAACACA